GUGCAAAGAAGGUAAUAUCUUAGCAUGAACAGGAAUUUGACAGAGGUAGUAGAUGUUUAAAUUCCUUUAUCAUGUGUAUCAACACUGCUCUUAUACUCUAACUGCACAAGAAAGAAAAACAUACAUCACGUGACCCAAGAACGGAUUGGUUUGAACCAGGAAAUAUAAAACACUAAACCAAAAGUACUUUCCUGACUGUAUGAUAUUUGGGUGGGGUGAUGGAUUGGUCAAUGACUGAAAGUAAAAGGUCUUGAGGAAAGACAAUGGCCACGCCCACCACCUGGGCACAAGAGGUCAUCAUCUGUGACCUUUGUGAUAACCCCACCCAGCAAUUCUGUAACAACUGUCAGGUCAGUCUGUGUGUGACGUGCGUCAGCAAACAUGUGGACAAGUUUAAGUACCAACCACAUGACAUCGUGCAUUUCAAGGACAGAAAAAUGGCUUUUCCUGAGUGUGCCACUCACCUCAAACAAAGAUGUGAGGCUCACUGCAAACAAUGUGAGGUUCCAGUUUGCAUGAAAUGCAUGCUUGGUCUCCACAAAGGUCAUGAUGCUGUUGAAUUAUCCGAAAUUAUUGAGAGUAAGAAAAAAGAAAUUGAGAAAGAAACCCAAGAAAUUGAAUAUGUUAUCAUUCCUAGGUACAGGGAGAAAAGCGAAAUUACAGACGACAAAUUAUCUAUUACAAUUGGUAAAUUUGAUGAGCUGGAAAAAGAGACAGGAAAGAACAGAAAAUUUUGACACCAAGAAGUAGACACCAUCUUCAAUAAGUUUGACUCUAUGAUGAAAUUCAUUAAAGAAAAUAAUCUGGCUGCUUUAAAAUCCCACCAUUCAAAGCUUAGCAAUCUUAUUCAAGAAAUGACUGAAACAGUUAAAAAAAACAGAAAAAUCAUUCGGUCUACCACAAUGUCAGAUGUCACCAACUACAAAUCAAAACUUGGGCAUUAUAGGAACAUGCCUACUGAUAUUGAUGUCAAAAUCCCAGCACUAAAAACAAACACAGUUCAGGGUAAAGAACUCCGAAUAGAAUGAGGAGAACAUCAGGCCCUGCUGACUCAGGGAGCACUCUCUAGUCUGACAGAUAAAGUCUCCAACUUAUCGCUGAGUAAGCUAUUAGACAAAGCCAAGAUGAUUGCUACCAUUGCAGGUGAAGUUAACCCUCUAUACAGUGUUGCCUGUGUGGGAGUGGAUGAAGCUUGGGUUAGUGGUAAAGAUAAAACCAUAAGACGUGUUGACAUACACGGGUCUGUACGGGACACUGUCACAUGUCAAGUUAGCCCUAAUGACAUUACCAUCACCAGUCAGGGAGAACUGGUAUACAGUGAUGGUCCCAAUAGAACUGUGAACAUUGUCAGACACGGGAGAACAGAGACACUGAUCACCAUACCGAAGGGUUGGAGUCCAAUGGGAUUAUGCUGUACCAGAUCAGGGGACAUCCUGGUCAGUAUGAGUACUUCUGGCUUUACUAGCCGAUAUAAAAUUGUCCGAUAUGAUAAACACAUUAUGAAACAGGAAAUAGAGAGAGAUGACCAUGGACAACCGAUUUAUAAAGGAGGGAGAAAUAUACUGUGGGUGGUAGAGAACAACAAUGGAGACAUUUGUGCCUCUGAUAAUAAUGCUAAGGCCGUGGUCGUGGUGGACAAGUCAGGAAGAGUCCGAUUCCGAUAUGACGGUACACCAGCCAGGAAGAAAACAUUUAAUCCUGAACAUUUAGUGAUAAACUCAAUCAGUCAGAUCAUUGUGACUGAUAACAACAAUGCCUGUCUACACAUCCUGGAUCAGAACGGACAGUUCCUGAGAUGUGUGGAGAACUGUGGUCUAGAUGAACCUUGUGGAUUGAGUGUGGACAGUGAGGGAAGGUUGUGGGUAGGAUUACUUAAUACAGGAAAAGUGAAAGUGAUUCAGUACAUGAAAUAAACUCAGAACACGAUGUAUAGAUAACAGAGAAUCGGGGUCGGGAGGCACCUUUUGUAUAUACCAAGCACCCAUAAAAAAAAUUACCCCAUGACCCAUCAAAUUGAUAAACUCAUUUUACAAUGACCCAUCUAAUAAUAAAAAAAAAAAACUAACCAGACCCACCACAAAAAUAUUUUUAAAAAUGAAAACGGUACAAAUCUCGCGAGGUUUUCGGGACAAACAUUCUAGUCAAUGACGCGGUAAUGCCUGUGCGACAUUGUAUCACAGUAGUUCUGAAGAAACGAUGUCACAUCGACAAUCAAAGGCAUCUAUGGCGGGAAUGUUGGAAAGAUUGGGAGUCCAAACGAUGCUAUUAUCAUGAAAUGGGUAUGGAUAUGUUUUUCCACGAAUCGUUCGUCUUCUAAUGUAGCCCGCGCCCGGAGGCAUCUAUAUCACCAUCACACUGACUGAUAAAUAUAACGCAUCGGUACCCUCGUAUAAAUCAACUAAGGUUUGUCUAUUUUUAUUAGAAAACGGAAUACCUAUUGGUUUCAAAAUAUGCCAAAAUCGAUGCACUGUAAACUGUAAUAUUCUACAGAACAGAGUUCGCCGCCAUCACGUCCAAAGGGACCCUAUUAAACGCGCCUCUAAUUUGAAGAGUGCCGUAAUGGAAAGUUAUGCGCUGCAAAGAGCGACAACUCGAAUAGUUCUAUGUUACUUCCGAUUUCCGAUUUCGAAAACACGUUUUCAAUUUUCCCUCCGACGUUUUGUAACCAAGAGCGACAAUAAAAAUAUUCUGAAAACUCAACACCCACGUGGCACAAAAUAAAACAAUAGAAACUACCCACUACCCAUAAUAAAUAUUUUUUUAACAGUCCAACCACGGACCAAAUAAAAUAUGAAAAAAUACGACCACCCACACAAAAAAAUUUCAUUUGCCGCCCGAUCCCCCCAUUUGAUCAUUUCUGGAACAGCCCUUAUUUAAUUUGUCUGUACAUCCUACACACUAUUUCAUUUAAAUUUGUCUGUACACACUGCACACUAUUUCAUUUAAAUUUGUCUGUACAUCUACACACUAUUUCAUGUUAUUUAAUUUGUCUGCACACCUUGCUCACUAUUUCAUCUUUCAGUUAUGGUGGUGUAAGUUUGAUGAUUCAUCAUGUGAGCUGUAUCAGUAUUUUUUCUAGCUUGAUCAGAAUGCGUAAUGACAAUAAAUAGUCUUUGUUGGCUAAAUAAAAGUUUACUUAUGUUCACAUCAUCCCACAGCGAAAUGCCAACAUCACAGUGCACAACAACACAUGUGUAACUAUUAAAUGUUUUCACAAAUAUUUCUCCACAGAUUGUUUAUCAUUUCAACAUCACUUGACUUAACAUUAUUUAGAAGUUUACAAUACACAUGUUCAUUGUCAUUCAUUUUACAAGAUAGGCAGUCUUGAUUUAUGAUCUCCACACAUACAAUUCAAAACACUUAUAAGUCCUAUAAGUUUGCAUCCAAGAAUUCAAACUCGUUCAACAUGUUCAUAUCCCAGAAUUCAUAACGUUCACAUCCCAGAAUUCACAGCACCA